AUGCUCUGCCGCUCAAGAAUGAGGCUUAGUGGAUUUGAUGUGAAUGCCCUGUAUCCACAUGGCGUUCCUAAACGCACCUUUCCUUACCGUGAGCACCCCAAGCAGAUUUCCACUGCACCUAUGGCUGGCGGAUUUUACAUGACCAAAUAUGCUCUUGGAUGGCCUUUUCAGAUACCCUUUGAGUGGCUGUUUUAUCGAACAUCCAUCUUUCUUUUUGUGGCUUGUGUGGUGUACGACGUUUUUUUCGGCUUUCCUCUUCCCUUUAUGAAGGAAAUUCCACCAGGAAAACCAAAACAUUUUUUCUUCAAUAAUGCAGGUGGAUCUCCACACCACUUUUGGCAAUAUCAAGAUGGGUGGAAGGUACCAAAUAUGUCUGGCGCGCGCCGUUGGGUGGAUUAG